GAAAGCGAGCCAUCAAUCGAUUGUAUUGUGUUUAUUGAAUUUGCCGGCUGGUUUGAUUAUCGAUCACGGAUCGAUCGGUCGGGCGGCCGGCCCCCGGGGGCGCCUUGUCCUGAAGUGAAGGCCGCUGGUUGGCGUGCCGCGGGCCCGCCGGCGUCGUGAUGAUGUUGACGGGGAAGAAGAGCGAAGAGAGACAAAGCGCCGGGCCCGAGGGCCUGGAGGCGCAGGCGGACGGCGGCGGCCUGGGCCUGGCUGCGAGCUCUGCCGCCGCCGCCGAGCGCACCCCCAAGAAGAAGGAGCGGGCGUCCCCGCACAGCAGCAGCAGCAACGAGGGCACGAUGGAGGGGGGCACGGCCGAGACGCCGGACGGCCGGAGGACCAGCAAACGCAAGCGGGCUAAGGUUGAGUAUAGAGAAAUGGAUGAGAGCUUAGCAAACCUAUCAGAAGAUGAAUAUUAUUCAGAAGAAGAACGCAAUGCAAAGGCUGAAAAGGAAAAGAAGCAGGUGCCGCCACCUCAGCCUCCACCACCUGAGGAAGAGAUUGAAAGUGAUCCAGAAGAACCAUCUGUGCAUUGGAGCAACAUCAAUCUGGCAGGGUCGAUCGCAGGUGUUGAGGGUGCUGCUUUCCAAAGUCGUCUACCUCACGAUCGCAUGACAUCACAGGAAGCAGCCUGUUUCCCAGACAUUAUCAGUGGUCCUGCGCAGACCCAGAAGGUAUUUCUGUACAUCAGAAACCGCACAUUGCAGCUCUGGCUGGACAACCCAAAGGUGCAGUUGACCUUUGAGGUAACUCACCAGCAACUGGAGUCUCCUUACAACAGUGAUGCAGUACUGGUUCACAGGAUACAUGGCUACUUGGAGCGUCACGGGCUAAUUAAUUUUGGCAUCUACAAGCGGGUGAAACCACUUCCAACAAAGAAGACUGGGAAGGUGAUAAUCAUAGGUGCUGGCGUUUCGGGUCUGGCAGCCGCUCGCCAGUUACAGAGCUUUGGAAUGGAUGUCACUGUUCUGGAGGCAAGGGACCGUGUUGGAGGACGUGUUGCCACAUUCAGAAAGGGAAACUACGUUGCUGAUCUGGGGGCCAUGGUUGUGACAGGACUUGGUGGAAACCCGAUGGCAGUGGUCAGCAAGCAAGUAAACAUGGAACUGGCCAAAAUAAAACAAAAAUGUCCCCUGUAUGAAGCAAAUGGGCAGGCUGGAGAAAGAUGCACAAACGUUCCCAAAGAGAAAGACGAGAUGGUAGAGCAAGAAUUUAAUCGUUUGCUGGAGGCCACAUCUUACCUCAGUCAUCAGUUAGACUUCAAUUACCUGAACAACAAACCGGUCUCAUUAGGACAGGCAUUGGAAGUUGUCAUACAGUUGCAGGAGAAACAUGUGAAGGAUGAACAGAUUGAACACUGGAAGAAAAUUGUGAAGACACAAGAAGAUCUGAAAGAAUUACUCAAUAAGAUGGUGUCGCUGAAAGAGAAAAUCAAAGAACUACAUCAACAGUACAGAGAAGCCUCUGAGGUGAAGCCGCCUCGUGACAUCACUGCAGAAUUCCUGGUUAAAAGUAAACUGAGAGACCUGACUGCUUUAUGCAAGGAAUAUGAUGAACUCGCAGAAGCCCAAAUGAAACUUGAGGAGAAGCUCCAGGAAUUAGAAGCUAACCCACCCAGUGAUGUUUACCUGUCGUCAAGGGACAGGCAGAUCCUGGAUUGGCAUUUUGCUAACUUGGAGUUUGCUAAUGCAACACCUCUUUCCACUCUAUCGCUGAAGCACUGGGACCAGGACGAUGAUUUUGAAUUCACCGGCAGUCACUUAACAGUACGAAAUGGUUACUCUUGUGUUCCUGUAGCACUUGCGGAAGGCCUUGACAUUAAAUUAAAUACAGCUGUUCGACAAGUCCGCUACACUGCCUCAGGAUGUGAAGUCAUUGCUCAGAAUACUCGUUCGAAUAGCCAGACAUUCAUUUACAAGUGUGAUGCAGUUUUAUGUACUCUCCCCCUGGGCGUGUUGAAACAGCAGCCACCAGCAGUUCAGUUUGUACCGCCCCUUCCCGAGUGGAAAACUUCUGCUAUUCAGCGGAUGGGCUUUGGAAACCUCAACAAGGUUGUAUUGUGUUUUGAUCGUGUGUUCUGGGACCCCAGUGUAAAUCUGUUUGGCCAUGUUGGAAGCACUACUGCCAGUAGAGGAGAAUUAUUCCUUUUCUGGAAUCUCUAUAAAGCCCCAAUCCUGUUAGCCCUAGUCGCUGGAGAAGCUGCCGGAAUCAUGGAGAACAUUAGCGAUGAUGUCAUUGUCGGCCGAUGUCUAGCCAUCCUGAAGGGGAUAUUUGGCAGCAGUGCGGUACCACAGCCUAAGGAAACUGUAGUUACUCGCUGGCGAGCAGACCCUUGGGCACGUGGUUCCUACUCCUACGUGGCUGCUGGCUCCUCUGGGAAUGACUAUGACUUGAUGGCACAACCAGUGACUCCGGGUCCCAGCAUCCCUGGUGCUCCUCAGCCUGUUCCCCGCCUCUUCUUUGCCGGAGAACAUACCAUCCGCAACUACCCAGCUACAGUUCACGGUGCUUUAUUGAGUGGAUUAAGGGAAGCCGGUCGAAUUGCUGAUCAGUUUCUGGGUGCAAUGUACACUCUCCCUCGGCAGACGACGCCUACUCAGCAACCCAGUAGCAUGUAACUUCAAACAGGGGAAGGAUUAUAAUAUGAACGUCGUUCCAAUUAGAGUUUGAGCUGGAAUAAAAAAUCUACUGCGGCUUUACAGUAGACCUGCUGUAGACUUAAUGCACUGGUUUCAAACUUCUCUCCUCCUCCAAGUGUUUGGGAGCACCAAGAUCACGAGACUGAGCCAAAAAAGGAGCCGUGUGCUUUGGGAAGUAGGAGCACUUCUGACCAAAUUACAACCGAUUCUAUUGCCUUGGUAAUUCUGUAGCAUUAACUGCUGUGUAAAUGCAUCAGAAGUCUUGUCUUUGAGAGCAAGUUGUGUGAGUGAUUGUGUUACUGUUGGUGUUUUUUUCCCGGCCAUAUUAGUAUGAGCUUUAGGAUCUUCUGAGUGUAUUUACACAAAUAAACUACUUUGAUGUGAUAGUCAAAACUUCUCAUCAAAUAGGCAUUUUAUUUACUGCAUGGUCACUCUAAACGCUAGGGCUCUUCAUGGAGAAAGGUAGCACUAUAUCAAAAUUUGCUCCAAUUGUAUCAAUGUUUACACUGCAUAAUAUUUAUGAAGAGGUUUUUUGGACCAUUCUUGCUGUAAUGAAUUUCAGUCGCUAUCAUGUCUCCUAAUUUCCCUAGGGUUUAUUAUUCACUGAGUCGUUCAUGAUACCUGUAAUCUCUGUUAGUCAUAAUUACCAACCUUGCCCAAUUUUUCUAAAAUAUUACUUGAAACAUAAAAUACCUACUAUUCGUUCUGUGUUACUCAGCCCUGUUACUUAUGGCCAAUUGACGUAACUCGGAAAAGCGCCGUAACAUGUCAGUUUAGAGUAGUGUAGCUCUUUAAUGAUGUCCCAAGAAACAAGGAGCAGAGCUCCAAAUAACUUGU